AUGGGGACUGUACCUGACCCUUUGAGAUCGGCUAAAACUUCCUUGAUCACAGCUUCUGGAAAAGAAGAGGAUCUAGGAGAAGUGCAGCCUGCCUCACCUCGGCCUCGACCAGCGCUCCUCUGUAAGAACACCAAUGGCCUCUCUGGCCCUCCUGAAGAGCCAGUGCUCAGCCCCAGGGCAGCUGCUGAAGCCUUGAUGCAGGCCUUCGAGCAUGAGACCACCCAGCUGGACAUGUCUUCUCCUGGUGUCGUCAAUGAGGUGGAAAAAGGGUCUCCUCCAUGCAACUCUCCUGGCAAUACCCAGCUGCCAGGAAGCAGCAAGCCCACAGCACCAGCUCCGUGUUCUGCAGCAGGAAAGGAUGUUCUAGGCGAAGCAUUUACAAUGCCAGCCAAUCAACACAGCCACCAGGCCAUCCCGGGUGACCAGCUCAAUGCCAGCCCCUCAGCAGGACCUGAGGAUACACUGCUGAAAACACAGAGAACCUCAGAUGGGGAGCAACCUGAAAAGUCAAGUUGUCCUGUGGGCAGCACCCAGGGCAACAGCAAAGCUCAAGUGUCCUGUGAUUUUCCUUCUCAAGAAACAGCCCAGGGACUGGUGCAAGCUGGAAAUACAGCAGCCAAUGUGUUCAGCCACACCUCCCCUCCUAUAGGCAGACCCAAAGGGGAAAGGCCAGGAGCCGUUCAUGACUCCCAGACGAGGGCCUGUGAAUCUCCAGCGAGAGAAGAUGGAUGUUCUGGGCACAAACAGCCCUCGGCCGCCACCUCGGAUGGCCAGGCCGUGACUUCGGUGACACCCCAACCAUCCCACCUCACUAGCCAAGGGUCCACAUUUCCUCCAGAUCUGGGAAAGGUGCCACUGCCCUCACAGCACCAGGUGUCAAGGUUCAAAGAAGCAAGUACGAUGACCAGCCACGCUGCAGGUGAGGUUCGGGAAGUUCCCAGCCGGGCUCGGCAAGAUGCUGAGGUGCAGGCCGUGGCAAGUGUCGAGAGCAGGUCCGUCUCCACCAGCCCCAGCAUCUUCACUGCAUUCUUAAAGGAAGUCCCCGUUCCUGAGCAUGUGGAACAACAGGAGCAGCUGCGUGUUGUUUGCCAUGGCAAUGGCCGUGGGAGCCACACACUGGAGCUGUCUGACGACCUCCUAGCCCCGCAGGAGUCGGGCCAGUGCCCUGGAAUCAUGCCGGAGGUGCACAUCCAGGCAGCUGCGGCUGUGUCCACUGCUUGCAGAGGGGAGCGUAAAUUGGUGAGCCUACCGGCUGAGGUCCUUCAAAUCUCCUCCAUCACGGUGGCAUCCGGUAAGGCUCAGGAUAUGUGUAAGGAAGACGGAGGGUCAGCAGGCAUGACCCCGACAAGGGCAGAGCCCACCUCCAAACAGCUUUCAGGUGUGAAUUCUAGCUCCCGGAAAGCUAGCCCCGCUGACCAGAUUGCUAGCAGCACAGGAAGUCAAACUGAAACAGAUCAUGAAUUGGGGAAAUCUGAAAUCAAGCCAUCUGAGUCUGCAGUGAAAACCACAGAUGGUCCCCGAACAAACCCAGAUUGCAAACUCUCUGACUCUUGUGGCCCUGCCAGCAAAGCCGACCAGUCCGGGAGCUCGGAUCCCACUGAUAAAGGAGAUGCAAGAGAGCCUGCAUCUCCGCACAUAGUACAACAGCAAGAAUGCCGGGGCACCGAUAGCCUCGAUCCCAGGGCAAGGGUAGAGGCCAAGUGCCUGCUGCUCAAUCCUAAAUCUCAAGAAAGUGCAGGCACUGGAUCAGCUGCCAGUCCUACGCCAUCCCCAGUUAGGAAGAACCAGGAGGGUACCUUGGAAGAAAACAGACAGACCAAGACAGCCACCAGCCUGAGCCUGCCGUCUGAUGCCAUGGGCGACUCCAGUCCAGGUUCCGGCAAGAGGACCCCUUCUCGCUUGGUCAAAGCCAGCCCGCGCCGGGCCAGCCGUGUCAGCGAGUUCCUCAAGGAGCAGAAGCUGAAUGUGACAGCGGCGGCCGCGCAGGUGGGACUCACCCCGGGAGAGAAGAAAAAGCAGCUCGGCGCCGACUCCAAGCUGCAGCUGAAACAGUCCAAGCGCGUCAGGGACGUCGUGUGGGACGAGCAGGGCAUGACCUGGGAGGUGUACGGUGCCUCCCUGGACCCGGAGUCCCUGGGCAUCGCAAUCCAGAACCAUCUACAAAGACAAAUCAGGGAACACGAGAAAUUAAUCAAAGCUCAAAGCAGCCAGACCCGGAGAUCCAUUUCCUCAGAUACUUCUUCAAAUAAAAAGCUCAAAGGAAGGCAGCACAGGGUCUUGCAGUCCAUGCUGCAGAACUUUCGACGCCCCAACUGCUGUGUUCGUCCUGCCCCUUCUUCUGUGUUAGACUGAAAGGGAACGUGUUUGGGGCCCCUCGUGUGCAGUCACGGUAUUCCCGAGGGUCUGUGUAUGUCAGAGCUUACUUAGUGUUUUUUCCGAGAGACCAGGAAGAGAAAGCAAGUAUUAAUUAUAGGCAGUUGCCAUGAAGCAUGGUUGGGUCCUUUGAUUGGGGCUCCCUAAAUAAAAAUAUUUCAAUUC